GUGUUUUUGUUUUUAGCCCCGCGCUAAAGAUGAAGAACCAAAGCUGAAACGUGAGUGGAGUUUGUUAUAAAAUGUGUGAGAAGAGGCGCAGACUCAGAGCUCUGGUCACGGAGAGACUCUCUGCGGCCGCGGACGAGAUCUGUGCUCUGCCGGAGACGACGAUAGCGGAAUAUGAAGAAGAACUGCGCCGGUCCAGAGAGGAGAACCAGAGGAACCAAAGGAACCAAAGGAACCAGAGGAACCAGAGGAACCAGCAGCUCCUGGACUCGACUCUGAGCUGCUCCACAGGCCAGGUUCCGAACCUGAACUCUCCGAACCUGAACUCUCCGAACCGGAACUCUCCGAACCGGAACUCUCCGAAACGGAACUCUCCGAACCGGAACUCUCCGAACCGGAACUCUCCGAACCGGAACUCUCUGAAACUGAACUCUCCAAAACGGAACUCUCCGCAACUGGAUUUUCAGACACUGGAUGGCGAGCUAAGGCCUAGAGCCCAAAUCAAACUAAGUGCAAGCAUCUGCCUGUGCGGUGUUCAGCCUCAGAGCCACGAUGAGGAGGCGUCCAGGAGGCCGGACCCCGAGGACACGGAGACGCCGCGAAUCAAACAAGAAGAGGACCACCUGAGCGUCAAACCAGAGGAGCAGCCGCGUCAGGUCUCCGGCGUCCGCACCACGAGCGACGACGAGGAGCAGACGGACGACGACGGAGAGUGGGAGCGCUCGGUCCGUCCGUCCACACCUCCGCGGGGGAAGGACGAGGACGAGACGGGACGGGAAGAGAAACACCGAGAGACUAAAGCGUCUAAACACGCAGCGGAGCGCACGAGAGGCAGACCAUUCAGCUGUUCUGUUUGUGAGAAAACGUUUACGCAAAAGGCCACGUUGAGGAUCCACCUGUCGACGCACUUUGACGCACAAAAGAAUGCCGCAGCUGAACACCUGAAAGAGCAUGUGGGAGAGACGCCGUUUCGCUGCGGCGUCUGCGGGAAAACGUUCAGACACUUGGACAGUUACAUGUCGCAUAGAACCCACAGACACACGGGCAUCAGACCCUUCAGCUGUUCAGAGUGCGGGGCGAGAUUUUGUAAAAGACGAAACGCAGUCGGUUACAUGAGCGUCCACACCGGACUUUCACCGUUCUCGUGUUCUGAGUGCGAUGCUCCAUUUGUCCAGAAGAGGGCGCUGAUCAAACACAGGAAAAAUCAUGAAAGAAAAAGCCAUAAAAGUUUAGAAACGUGAUCGAACAUUCUGUCUGCGGACGAGGGCUGUCAAAAAUAUCAAAGUGAUAAUCGAUACUAAAACUAGAAACAAAACUAGAUUCUCAUUUGAGCAAAUAUCGACACAAAGAAUGUUCUGUUGUGUAGGAGCCAAUUUUGAAGUUUGCAGGCCCUUCAGCUGUUCAGAGGCCCUUCAGCUGUUCAGAAUCUAACACAAGGUUUAGGUGGAGUUCACCGACUCAUUUGUGCCGCUUGUAUCUUGAUCUGGUUCUUUUGGCCGUUACCCUGAGCUCAUGACCAGAGAGCUGGAUCUGGUGCAGAGAUCUGGGGGCGGUCGGAGGAGAUGGGCGAAGGCGGCGGGCGAAGGCGGCGGGCGAAGGCGGCGGGCGAAGGCGGCGGGCGAAGGCGGCGGGCGAAGGCGGCGGGCGAAGGCG